UGGUGACGGAACUCGUGCCCGGCCUUCUUUUUCUUGAACCCACAUCACCAAAUGGCGGACGACGCCGGUGGUAGAGGAGGUUUUCGCGGAGGUUUCGGCACCGGGGGCCGUGGACGCGGUCGUGGCCGGGGUAGAGGCCGCGGCAGGGGACGCGGAGCCCGGGGUGGAAAAUCCGAGGACAAGGAAUGGGUGCCCGUGACCAAGCUUGGUCGUCUGGUGAAGGACAUGAAGAUCAAGUCCCUUGAGGAGAUCUACCUGUAUUCUCUGCCCAUCAAGGAGUCUGAGAUCAUUGAUUUCUUCCUGGGGUCUGCCCUUAAAGAUGAGGUGCUGAAGAUCAUGCCUGUCCAGAAACAGACCAGGGCCGGACAGCGUACCAGGUUCAAGGCCUUUGUUGCCAUUGGUGACUACAACGGCCACGUCGGUCUGGGAGUGAAGUGCUCCAAGGAAGUGGCCACUGCCAUCCGUGGAGCCAUCAUUCUGGCCAAGCUGUCAAUCAUUCCAGUCAGGAGAGGUUACUGGGGUAACAAGAUCGGCAAACCCCACACUGUACCCUGCAAGGUGACUGGUCAUUGUGGUUCAGUACUGGUGCGUCUGAUCCCUGCUCCUCGUGGUACUGGCAUCGUGUCUGCUCCUGUUCCCAAGAAGCUGCUCAUGAUGGCUGGUAUCGACGACUGCUACACCUCAGCUAGAGGCUGCACGGCCACCCUGGGCAACUUUGCCAAGGCUACCUUUGAUGCCAUCUCCAAGACCUACAGCUAUCUGACUCCCGAUCUCUGGAAGGAAACUGUGUUCGCAAAGUCUCCUUACCAGGAAUUCACUGAUCAUCUGGCCAAAACUCACACCAGGGUCUCGGUACAGAGGAGCCAGGCUGCUAUUCAGGCAGCUACCUAAAUUUUGUACAUCAGACUGAAAUAAAGUCCUGGAAACAGUCU